AAAAAAACUCGUUUUAUUACUUCCAAAUACUGUUUCCCGACCAUCAUUGUAUUCCCAGUCUAGCAGAGCAGACCGGUACAGCUGGCAGAUGUUUAUCGCCUGCUUCCCGCCCAGCCCGGCAACACCGUCGUCAUACGCGCUCGAUGCCGUUGGCGGAGGAAUGUAGUGCCGUAUGUUUCCCAUGUUUUUAUGGAAGUUGUAACGUGUUGAGACUUUAUGUAUGUUAUUUGUUGAAGUAAAGUCUAUAUUUGUUCAUACUGAAGCAAGAAAUUCAUUCAGUAUUCGAGAACGUGUUGUCACUUUCAAAGUAUGAUGCGGAUGAAUAUUCGGUGACGAACGUGAACUCUUCAGCUGUUUCCCGCCAAAGAUCGCCAUUACAAAACGUGAGGCGUUGCGUGUGUGGUUUGGCGUAGGAAUUUGUGAUCAAGAGGUGUAACUUUUUUCCGUUUAUUGCCAUAGACAAUUGAUAGGCAACAAUAGUGUCGAUAUACGAGAUAUGUCAGUAUUUAACCGGAGUGAAGAGCAACGUUGUUUAGAAGGACUGCGACACCAAGACAAGGAAGUUAUUGGCAGUUUGUGCAGGCUGAGCGAGCGGGCGUCGUCCCCCUGUACCAGCCACAUGGAGCAGGAGAAGCGCAUUCGGCGCGAGAUCGCCAACUCGAACGAGCGCCGCCGCAUGCAGAGCAUCAACGCCGGCUUCCAGUCGCUGCGCACGUUGCUGCCGCACCACGAGGGCGAGAAGCUGUCCAAGGCUGCCAUCCUUCAGCAGACAGCAGAGUACAUAUACCAAUUAGAACAGGAAAAAACUAGCCUUCUGUCACAGAAUUGUCACCUGAAAAGGUUACUGAAUAGGCAGGAGGGUCAGCAUGAGCAAACUGCAUCAGUCAAGCGCAGGAAAAUUGAAUCGAGUAUGGUCGUUGUCAGUGAGUCAUCAGAUGAAGGCAUCGGUAGCAUGUCUCCAGAGCCAGCACCAGUCCCCGGAGGAGCCGCCGUUUCGGCAGCCGAAGCAAGUCGCGAGCGCGACCUCAUAGAACUGAGGCUCUCUUUGGAUAGAGAGCGUAAACUUCGAAUGCGUCUAGAGGACCAGGUCCGCGCACUGGAAAGUCAGUUGUAUCCCAAACAAUUGAGGGAUCUCUCGCAUCAAGUUACUCUUCACUAUCAUCAUGAAUCUCCCACCCCUCACCAGGUGGUCACCAGUGGCAGUGGCAGUGUCCCUGUUAUUGGUGCAACUAUCCAGGAUCUCCAGGAAACGGCAGCUGCUGUUGCACACUUACAAGUGGUUACUUCGCGAUCACCGUCGCCCAUCUUAGGGCUGCCACCUCCAUCACCACCCCCACCACCACCUCCAGCACCACAAGUGCGUGAACCGACACCACCCCCAACUCCACAGCCGCAGAGGCUACCGAGUGUUCUGGAAGCUGCCAUCAAAGCAGAACCAAAGGUCGAAGUAGAAAGACUUCCGUCACCGCCUGCUGCCUCUGAUGAUGUCACACCACAAUCCAGGCUGUAUGCUGCAAGUACAUCGAGGCAAAACCUGGAAACUAUUGUGGAAGCCAUUCGGCACUUGGAGGGUGACCAGUUCAUCAGUGACGAGCCUACGCAAGAAGCUCCUCUGGCUCUGACAACCCAUCGAACGGGUCCAACUAGUGGAAGUGCUGAGGGGUUCUUGCAUUUCCAUUCGCACCCCAUUCCAUCUCAGCCGCAGCGGCCACUGUCGUCCACAGCUGCCUUGCAGCAGCAGCGUCCUGGUGUUAUCGUCGUAAAACAGAGCACGUGAUUAUUGCACGAGAGCUCUGUCUCACAUGACGUGACUGGAUUUUAUUUCAGUUGAUUUUUACUUUCUUAUUAGCUUGUAACUGGCGAGGCAUUAAACUGUACUCUGAAGUUGUACUGUCUGCUUUAAGGAUUCAUAUAUAUCUAUAUGUACAUAAUAUACAUGUAUGUAUGUAUGUACACAUUCUGCAUACAUACCAUAGUUUCGACUGCAUUUUUAGACUGGUGUAGGAAUGUGGCAAUAUCAUUCCUUUUGCUAGGAGAGUGUUAGGGUGUAACACUCGAUGAAUCCUAGCAUGUAAUGGUGGUCUGUGUUAAAUCAAAGUGCAAACCAAGCAAUAAAACUUUGUUUUCCUUCUAAAUACUGGGUCUGACAUCAAAAUUUGCCAUAUUGAGAAGCAGGUAUUAGAGCUGUGACUGGCUUUAGUUAUCCUAAGCUCUGUGGAACCCGAAGUUGCCUCCGGUUUACAAUUAGCUACCUUCGGAUGACUGAAUACUGACUGGUCUUUUGAGUGGUAGACUUUUUUAAUUGUUUAAACUGUAGAAGAAAAUAGUAAUAGAUACAGAGAAGCUAGUAUACAGACAAUUGUGCAUUUGAAAUGCUGUAUGGCAUUGCUUGUCAAAGUAGCAGUUUUCUUUGGUGUUUCAAUUUUUGUUGUUGUAUAUAUUUGUCUCUCUCAAAGUUACAAGCAAGUAAAACAUACACUAGCCUGUUUUGUGGGCUGAAACUGAACAAACAUUUUUGAUGUUCCAUCUCAUUUGCUAUAAGUAUAUAGCUUACAUUUUUUAAACAUGUCAAUAUGUGGUAUUCUGUUGUGUUAUCUCGUUCGCUGACCCUCGCUUUUCUUUUGUACAUAAGAUUUAUUUCUUCAGCGUGAGUGUUUUGAAGCUUGCGUGUAUUUGUAUACGUCUGAGAAAUGUUGUGAGAUUUAUUUUGUUUUCUAUAAAAAUAAAAACUGCUGUAAAAUGAACUAAAACAUUGGCUGAUGGUGAUCGCCUCAUGUAUCUCAUAAGAGUAACGUUACUAAGGCUAGUUCUGUCUUUGUGUAUAUAUUACUUCUUUUGUUAGGUCAGUUUAGAAAUGGACACACAACAUGUAAGAGUGAGUGCUACGUAAAGUAUUGCGUGUGUGUUGAAUUGUUUACUUGUAGGUGUCGUUACAUAUAAGAUUUUCAAAAGGUAUAAAAAAAUAUAAAGUUCCACGUGCUUGGAACAGUACUGAUAAAUUAGGUAUUACCAUUAAGCUACUUCUUAUCAGUUUACUGCAACAUUAAGAAAAUUUUUAUUCAUUCUUUGCUUAUGUUACAUUUCUAAAUUCUGUGUUAUUGUUCAAUCAACUUCUAUUUUCAUUAAUACAAAAGACUGGUUUUUCAUUUUCAUAUUUGAAAUGUAUCAACUCAAAAGACAAGUGUCAGGGAGAAAGUUCCUUUUGUACAUUGCUGAAGGCACACGUCAUUGUAAAUUAAACAAUUUUGUAGUCUAUUGAAAAGGGAGACAUUGGUUAUUGAUUUGGUAGUAAUAUUAUUGAGAAUAGUGUUUAUGAAGCAGUUUAAUGAAUUUAUUAUGCACUCCUAGUAUAUCAAAAUUGAGGUACAAAACCACCCUUUGUUGUUUGCUUUAGAAACCAAUUAUAUCUUCAUUUUAUUUAAGUGUGUGUGUGUGUGUGUGUGUGUGUGUGUGUGUGUGUGUGUGUGUGUGUGUGUGUGUGUGUGUGUGUUCCCUUUGGAAUUAAAAGAAUGCUGUGCUUGGAAAAAUCUGAAUGAAUCAUUGUAAUACAUUUUUCUAAUUAGUAUUAUGUUUUCAUAAUCAUUUUGCACUACUGUGAUCUGAACCAUCAGGAUUAGUCCGAAUAAACUUUUUUCCUCAUUUGAGAAGCAACAGUUUCUUUGCAUAUUACAUCCGAAUGCCAUCUUUUCCUAUGUAAAUCUGUUUCUACAGAAUGCCAAAUACAAGAGUGAUGUUUGAUUCAUAACAGGGUUUUCAACUUUGCUCUAUGUUGUGAAUGGUGUGUUGAAUUGAUAAUUAAGGCAAUUGUGUAUUGCACAAUGUUUGCAAAUCUAGAUGCUUGUAUGGCAUUUCUGAUAUUUUUGAGGAAGCAGCAUUACUUUUUAAUUGCAUCUAAAAUACGUCUAAUGGAUAAAUUAGAAUUAGCCUGUUUUAAUCUGAACCCAAUUUUUCAUUAUGUAAAACAUGUAAAACUUCAUAAUUUUUUCUUGUGUUAUAUUGAGCCAAUUACUCUGUAAAGCAAUUGCAGAAUGUCAUAAACUACCAUAUUUUCUCUGAUUUUUACAUUGUAACUCAACUGGGGCAUUUGGAGUUCAUUGCAAACUGUGAAUAUGACAACAGUUGAGAAAUGUUACAUAGUUUCUAAGUCUGUAGGUACCAGUAAUUGGUUUCAUGUUGUAGAACACAUUUUAAUGCUUUUUCCUGUUAGAAACAUUUACUCUUAUCUUUAAAAAUUCUUGUCUGUUUUUCAGUGUAGAUCCUAAGUGCUUCUCAUUUUGAAGUGCUAAUGUUUUAUGGACGUUUAUGCAUAUAUAUCUACAUUAUCCAGAAUUAUAAAUUGCAAAUUGCUAAUGUGAUUUACAACAGUAUCCUAAUUCAAAAUUAUGUAUCCACAAGGAAGUAGGUUGCCUCUUUAUUUUCUCAGUUUUGUUACAUGUGGCUUUCGUUCAGAAUAUGGUUAUAAUUGUCAUUUAGUUUGUAAAUCUUCACACCGUCCUUGUGUCUUUCUUUGAUUUAUGUCUUAUUUGAGUGAUUGAAGAUCUCUGUUAAACUGAGAUGUGCAAUUCUCUUUACUUUCUAAAUUCUGGAUAUCAAGCAAUAUCCCCCCUCCCCUCCUCCCCCAAUCAACUAGCAAUUCAGGGUGAGAGUUACAUACAUUUAAUGAUCUAUAUUUUACAACUAGUUGGGUAUUAUGUGGAUUAUUGAUAUACUUACCAUUGAAACAGUUUGUCAAGACGACAGGUUUUGUAGUCACAUCAAUUUAACACUAUUUCACAGUUUCCUCUUGGUCAUUGCCACAGUUGCUUCAUUUGUUUUAAUUUUACAGUGUUUGUAACAAGCACUAAAAUUUCUUAUGAAAUUUACCUGAGAUGAUUUUUAUAUACAGAUCAGAAUUCUACCAAUUUUUAUUAAAUAAUGUUUUGAUUAAGAGUCAUUUAUUUUAAAAUUGUUCAUAAAAACUGGCUUCAGUUUUGUAUUACAAGUAUUAAAAAAAAAGA